AUUGACAACCAAAAUGCAAUCAUGGCGCACGGGGUUCUGUGUUUGUAGAAUGCUGAGAAGUUUUUACGUAAACACUUCGUUAAUUUGCAUUGUAAUCUUUAAAUGUGUUAUAAUAAAUUGUCCUUAAAUUCUGAAGAUCUUAUCGACGCAUACAUGUGUGUUCCAAACUCGAGGUUUCCACCUAUUUGCAAUACCGUCUCUGUACUACUAGACACUUGCAGGUAUGAAAACCAUGAGAUAUGCUGUUUUAGUUCUCCGUAUCGUACAUACAGCUAUCGCAUUAUAACUUGGUGUCAUAAUGUCAGAAGCGUAUAGCCGUGAGAUUCUACGGAGGAAUGUUGCGCAAAUAUGCCAAACUAUAGGAUGGAACGGCAUAAACUCGACUCCGCUGGACAUUUUGGUACACGUUUUGGAGAAGUACAUAUGUACACUGGGCACACAAGCUAACAGAUAUGCUGAACAAUUUAAUAGGACUGAACCAAAUUUACAUGACUUAGGAUUAGUGUUUCGUGAUUUACACAUACAACUUCCAGAACUAACAGAAUACACUCGUAGUGUGCCACCUGUACACCCCCCUGUAAAAUCUGAAAACUUUCCCAAACCUAAAGAGUCUAAUUUGAAUUUUCUUAAACCUGGCAGCCAUGAGGUUGUCACGAGACCAAUGCAUGUGCAUGAGCACUUGCCACCCAUGUAUCCUGAAAAAGAAAGGGAUACGCCAGCCGUCGCAGGCACUGUUGAAAUCCGUCAAAAUGGCAUUGACAGCAUGGAUACCAGCAACCCUACCUGUACGAGCCCCGAAAUAUCAGUCACAGAUAGUCCAGAAAAGUCUAAAGAAAUAUUUAAAAGACCAAUUGAUCCAGUUUCAUUACAAAAUAGCAAAAGACCAAGGUUACGAUUGGAUGAGGAGGAACGAACUAGAGAAAUCAGUAGUGUUAUGAUGACAAUGUCAGGUUUCCUUUCACCAGCGCGAGAAGGUAAACUGCCUGAACCAAGACCCCCCACUAUACCAUCUGAGCGGCAUGACAAACAUAAAGCAAACUCUCACCAUUCAAACUCAAUGAAAGUACCGUUGUUAGAUAAAAGCGAUAAGAAAUCUAAGAAAAAUAAAUUAUUGAAUGGCAAAAUUAUGAAAAGUAAAAGAAAAGAUAAAAGUCAUAAAGGUGAAAGUAGUAAAUCUAAGGAUAGUAAUAAAUUGGACAGGUAUCCACCAGGGUAUCCAGUAAAGAGUAAAGAUAUACACCCAACCCAUCAUAAUCAUGUAACAAUGCCUGCGCCAAGGAUGAUGCCUCCGUCAAAGCCUCCAGCACCAGCACCUGCACCACCCCCUCCUGUGGUACCAGCUCCUGUUGCACUACCUGCACCAAUGCCAUUACCAGUACAGGAGCCCUUAAGGCCUGUAAUAAAGCAGGAGCCCAUAGAUCCUCCACCUCCUCCAACAAGUAAACCACCACCAAGAGUUGCCGAAGAUGCAAUUCCAGUACCAAGAAAAAUACCAAUCUCAAAAUCUCCAUUAGUUUCAAACUCCUUACCUGUAAAUAAGCAACAACAACAACAGUCUACAACAAAUUCUCUUAUUCCAGAAGUAGAAAUUAAGAAAGAGAUUGUUGAGGAGGAGGAAAAACUGGCUUCUCAGCCUGAUAGAUCAAAAAGUAAUAUAUUUAAAAGAAUAUCGAACAAAUCUAAAGAAGACAAAAUCACUCCAGAGGUUGUCCCUGACAAACCACACACACAGUCAGACGCUUUGAUCUCAAGAUUACAGAAUUCUGCACACAAUUCAGCACAUGAUUCAAAGAAUGAUAACAUAAGAGUUAAAAGUGUGGAGUCUAUUAUGAACAACAAUAAUAGCCCUGUAGAUUUGUCCAGAGAAAUAGAUAUUAGAUCUCACGAAGUUAUUGACAUUGAUGAUGAUUCCUUUGACAUAAACCCUAUGCCAUAUAGGUUACACCCAGAACCCCGACCACCAGGUGGUCUAUCAAUCAAUAAAUCUCUACAAUUCCCAUUCUCCAAGGACAUGGUUGGUGUGAGCCCGAAAACAAAGAAAGAAAAGAAACAUAAAGAGAAGAAGGACAAAGCAUCAAAGAUAGAGGCAAAACUUAAGAAACAACAUCAGCAGUUACAGAAUUUCCAAAUGGUUCAAAUGGCUGAGAAAAAGAAAAUGAAAGUGAGUAGUGAAAAGCCAACAAAACCAAACAGGCCAAAGAAUGAAGCAAAAUUACCACAAAUGCCUCCAGGAUUUCCGUUCUUUCACAAUAUGCCUCCAGGUAGAGGAAUGAUGUCUGGCCCAGGAUUAAUACCAAGUGACCUAUUUGCUAAUUUAGCUAAUAAUCCUGCACUCAGGGGCUUACCACCUCCAAACUUACUUACAAACCCUUUUGCAUUAGGAUCAACAGGACCUGGAUUAAUACCAGGGCCCAGCUUUCUUCCAGGCGGUCUAGGAGCAGGUAUUCCAAACCACCUAAUGCAAAUGGGCAAUUUCCCUCACACAUCCCGAUCGUCUUCUGUGAAAAUUCCACCAAUGCUCCGUCGGCCUAGUUUGGAGGUAAUACCUGUAGACAAUGAAGAGCAAAGAAUACUGCAUAAGUCAUCCAUGAUAGGACGCGACAAAGACCGCCACGAUAAGCACAAACCACCAACCAUUCCAAAUAUUUUACAGAAACAAAAAUUGAAAAGUAAAGAUCACAAAGCAAACUUGUAUAAAAUGCCUCCUGUACAACCAGACAUAACGAUUGAGUUAAAUCCUCCAAAAAUGGAACCAGUCAGGCAAGAACCGCCAAGAGAACAACCGCCUCCAGUGCGAUUACCGUCUCCGAAAAUAGAACCUGCACCUAUCCCUGAGCCAACACCUGCACCCAAACCUGAACCAGAAAGGGUUCCGAUUCCAGAGAUUCCGCAAGAUAAAGAACCCGAGAAUUCAGAAAGGAAAAAGGACAAGUCGCAUAAAAAAGAAAAACGUGACAAAGACGGUAUAAAAAUCAAAAAGAAAAAGGACAAGAAGGACAAAAGCAAAGAUAAAACAGAAAAGAAAAAAGAAAAGGAGGAACGUCAAGAGUUAAAAGAUAAAAUCAAAAAGGAAAAGAAGGAGAAAAAGAAAGAUAAGGCAGCAGAUGGUUUGGUACCCAAGCUGACGCUUAAACUGAGUUCAUCCAAUUCGAAUUCCCCUAUGCCUCCAAGUUCACCGGAUAUUUUCAAACUAAAUAUAAGGCCAGUCGUUAAAAAAGAGGAUGAUGCGUCCAUUAAAGACGAGCCAACAUCGAGAGAGCACAGUCGUUCACCAGAGUUGGCUCAAAUCUCUGCCUUAGUAACGAGACCGCCCAAGCAAAAGCAUUCGAAGCAUAAUCACAUAGCAGACGGCGAGGCGCUUUCGUCACCCCCUAGUCCAUCAUCGCCGCCUCGAAGAAGUCGACCUCCUUCCAGUCAUUCAAAGUUAAAGAAAAUAUUAUUUAAACCGAUGUCUAAGAAGGCGAUUGACGAUUUGGAUGACGAUUCAGUUUCGUUUUCUGAAGAACCCUCGCCUGCAGUCGCUCCAGUGCCGGCGCCUGUGGCUGUGGACAAACCUGGCGGGCCUCUCCCGACUCCCUAUUACGUGGAUGACCAGGGGAACAAGAUCUGGGUCUGUCCCGCCUGUGGAAGACCAGACAAUGGCUCGCCUAUGAUCGGUUGUGACGGUUGCGACGGUUGGUACCAUUGGGUAUGCGUGGGGAUCACUGAAGAGCCGGGUGCGACGGAAGACUGGUUCUGCAAGUCUUGCUUGGCCAAACGGGCGGCGAUGGUCUUGGCCGGGGUGCCCUCGGGCAAAAAACGCGGCCGUAAACCCAAGGGAGAAAAAAUCAGAGAUUGUCAUUGACUGGCGGACUUUUCCUUGUUGCUGAGAUUAGUUAUAAUUUUGCCGUUCGGUAGGAGUGAGUGGAUUGCGGUUUGUUAAUGAAAUUGUUGUUAAUAUCGUGCGGAUGUGUUGUCUCCAUUUAUAAUGUUCUAUUAUCAUAGGCUAGGAGUAAGUAUAGAUAAUGAUUGAAUAUUGACAUAAAAUGUUGAACAUAAAAAUAUAGUAUAGGUACAUGUAAUAAUAAUUUUACCAUAAUUAUAAUGAUUUCUUUUUUUUUGUUAAAUUUCUUAUUUUCUCGUUCGCUCGGUUAGAUCAAGUUUUAAUGUGAGUGCGGUCGUGUUGUACACAUGCCGCGUGUAAACAUAGAGGUUUAAUAUAAGAUUCUUUUUAUAUUGUACAAAAAAAACUACUGAAUUUACUUAAGAAAUUGGUGAUGUAAAAAGUAAUUGUAGUGAAUAUUUAAAUAAACAGAAAGAAGGCUGGAUGUGAGUAUAUUCAGCGAUAUUUGAAUAUUUUCAUAUUAUAAUUUUAAUAUAACCCUGUUUUUAAUUUUUUUGUUGAAGUUGUUCCUUCUUAUCUAUGUACAGGGCUAGCAGUCUCGCAUUUCUCUCUCAUUCUAUAAAUUUUACGUUUUAACGUUCUAUAAAUUAUGAACAUUUAAUGUUCUAUAAAUUAUGAACAUUUAACGUUCUAUAAAUUAUGAACAUUUAACGUUCUAUAAAUAAUGAACAUUUAACACAUUAUACGGUUAUCCGCUGGUGCGAAGGUGCUAGUUCUAACGUUCACACAUCGAGGGAGGUCAAAUGUAAACAUUUUUGAUUUCAGCCAGUGGCCAAUUAAAUAUAUUGGUACUCUAAAUUGUAGUAAAUUAUUUAUAUCCUGUCUUAAUUUGUACUGAGAAGGAGAAACAGCUAAUUAAAAAUUUUACUUUAUU